UGCGCAACCCUCGACAAGUGUCGGCAAUUAGACUGUGCGUUUGUGAACGGGCUACUCACGGGCCUGUUAUAAACGCUGUCACUGCUUUGUGAGUGAAGGUGGCCAUUGUUGUCGACAAGCAUCGUAGAGAACUACACCAAAACGCGCACCGUCCCUCGUUUGUAGCUGGCGGCGCCGAAAUACGCUUGGCCCAACAUGGUGGAGCCGGUGGGAUUCAUCGAAGCGUGGAAGGCACAGUUCCCAGAGUCGGAGCCCCCCAAGAUGGAGCUACGGUCGGUCGGGGGCAUCGAGCAGGAGCUGGAAAGGUGCAAGGCUUCAAUUAGGCGCCUGGAACAGGAGGUGAACAAGGAGCGCUUCCGCAUGAUAUACCUGCAGACCCUCCUGGCCAAGGAGCGCAAGAGCUACGACAAGCAGCGCUGGGGCUUUAGGAAGACGCCGCUGAACGAGGGGGUGGACCCUGCGGCCACGCAGGGCGCCGAGUCCCAGUCCCAGCAGCCGCACAUGCAGGAGACCGGUGGGGUGGGAGUGUGCGUGGGAGGGGGGUACGGCGGUGGCAGCGUUGUGGACAGGAGAUACCAGCCUCACGGGGACGGAGCCGGUAGGUCCAAACCCAGGCCGCCGCCGGCCAGGAAGUCGGCCUCCCAUGGGGACGGCCUGGAGUCGGCCUUCGAGGUGCCCCAACAGGCCGAGUCGGCGUCCUGUGACAAUUUAGACGGCCUCUCGCCAUCCAAGCAGAGGGGUGGCAUCACCGUCUCUCCCCGCAGGCCCACGCUCCCACCCCCAGACAAAGACCUGCCCUCUGACCCCAAGGACAAGUUGGGGAUGGGACUUGGAGUGGCAGCUCUCCGAUCCAACUUCGAGAGGAUCAAACGGGCCAACUCUCACUCUGCGGGCGACGUCGCAAAGGGCCAGGAGAAGCAGCCGCCUCUGCCCCCGCCCCCGUUCUACACCAACAUGGAGUUCCACCAUGAAAGAGGUCUGGUCAGGGUCAACGACCGAGACGUCUCUGACAAGAUCAGCUCCCUGGGCAGCCAGGCCAUGCAGAUGGAGCGAAAGCGGUCCCUUCACUCGCUCCCAGGUAACCUGGCGACGGUGGCGGGUGAGCUCCGAGCCCGGCCAGUGUACAGGGGCCGCUCCACGGAGAGCACCUGUGGCUAUGACGCCGAGUAUGAAGACGGGGAACCCAACCAGCGGCAUUCAGGGAGGACCAACGGAGGCAAGCCCCCGCCCCCGCCGUGGCAGCCCUCGGAGUUCCAGGCCUAUUCCAGUGUCUAUGUUGGUGGGGUGAUGAUGGGUGAGGGUGGCGGUGGGGAUGGCAGAGGAGGAGGCGGCGGCGGUGGCAGUGGGGUGUCGGUGAGAGAGCAGGGGGGAGGCGACGACCACCUCCUGACCUGGCCGCGGCGCUCCUACUCCCCGGGCAGCUUCGACGACGUCGGCGGCGGCGGCGGCUACACGCCGGACUGCAGCUCCAACGAGAACCUGACGUCCAGCGAGGAGGACUUCUCCUCGGGCCAGUCCAGCCACGUGUCCCCCAGCCCCACGGCGGCUUUCCGCAGGCCGUUCAGAGAGAAGAGCCGCUCGCCGUCCCAGAACUCCCAGAACUCGCAGCACUCCUUCGACAGCAGCAGCCCUCCGACGCCGCAGUCCCAGAAGCGCCACCACCGGCAGCAGGGAGGCCACGUGGUCAUGUCUGAGGCCACGAUCGUGAGCGUCCGCAAGACUGGUCAAAUAUGGCCGCCCAGCGCCCACCAUGACCUGCUGAACCACGGCAGAACGUCCCAUGACAACAGUUUCCAUGGAGACCACCUAGAUGGUCAUUACACUGGGACCCCCCCCAGUUACGGCUACGAUGCCGACCGCGCAGAGGAGCAGCGGCGGCACCACGACAUCCUGCCCUACAUCGACGACUCGCCCUCGUCGUCUCCGCACCUCAGCUCCAAGAGCCGCAGCAGUCGGGACACCCUGUCCUCGGGAUCGCUGGAGUCCUCCAAGUCGACUGAAUGUGACCUGGAAAAAGGCUUGGAGAUGAGGAAGUGGGUCCUGUCUGGGAUUUUGGCCACUGAGGAAACGUACCUGAGUCACCUGGAGGCUCUGCUGCUGCCCAUGAAGCCUCUGAAGGCCGCCGCCACCACGUCGCAGCCCGUGCUCACGCUGGCCCAGAUCGAGACCAUCUUCUUCAAAGUGCCUGAGCUCUACGAGAUCCACAAGGACUUCUACGACGGACUCCUGCCGCGCGUCCAGCAGUGGAGCCACCACCAGAGGGUUGGAGACCUCUUCCAGAAGCUGGCCAGCCACUUGGGGGUGUACCGAGCGUUUGUGGAUAACUACGAGCUGGCCGUGGAGACAGCGGAGAAGUGCUGCCAGGCCAACACUCAGUUCGCUGAAAUCUCUGAGAACCUGAAGGUGAGAAGCCCCAAGGACUGCAAGGACCAGACGGCCAAGAACUCUCUAGAAGCUUUGCUCUAUAAACCAGUGGACAGAGUCACGCGCAGCACGCUGGUUCUUCACGACCUGCUCAAACACACGCCCACCAGCCACCCGGACCACCCGCUGCUGCAGGACGCCUUGCGCAUCUCCCAGAACUUCCUGUCCAGCAUCAACGAGGAGCCGCGGCGCCAGUCUGUGACGGUGAAGAAGGGCGAGAACCGGCAGCUGCUGAAGGACAGUUUCAUGGUGGAGUUGGUGGAGGGAGCGAGGAAGCUGCGGCACGUCUUCCUCUUCACGGAUCUGCUGCUCUGCGCCAAGCUGAAGAAACAGAUCGGAGGUAAAAACCAGCAGUACGACAGCAAGUGGUACGUCCCCUUGACGGAGCUGACCUUCCAGGGCCCAGAGGAGAGCGAACCACUAACCAUCCCCCAGGUCCCAGACGAGGAGCUCGACGCCAUGAAGGUCAAGAUCUCACACCUGCGCAGUGAGAUUCAGAGAGAGAAGAGAGCCAACAAGGGUUCAAAGGUCAUCGACCGUCUGCGGAAGAAGCUGUCGGAACAGGAGUCCCUGCUGUUGCUAACGUCUCCCAGCAUGCCCCUCCGGGUGUACAACAAGAACGGCAAGAGUUACGGUUUCCUGAUAUCAUCCGACUACGAGCGCGCCGAGUGGAAAGAACUAAUCAAAGAGCAGCAGAAGAAAUGUUUUAAAACGUCCUCCUUGUCCUCGAUGGAGCUGCAGAUGUUGACCAGCUCCUGUGUCAAACUACAGACCGUCCACCACAUUCCGCUUAGCCUCAACAAAGAAGAGGAUGAAGCCCUCGGUCUCUACGGGUUCCUGAAUGUAAUCGUCCACUCCGCCUCCGGCCUCAAACAGAGCUUGAAUCUCUACUGCACAUUGGAGGUGGAUUCCUUCGGCUUCUUUUCAAGUAAAGCCAAGACGAGAGUCUAUCGAUACACCACUGAACCUAAAUGGAACGAGGAGUUCGAGAUUGAGCUGGAGGGCUCUCAGACCCUGAGGCUGCUCUGCUACGAGAAGUGUUACAACAAGACCAAGCAGAACAAAGAGGAUGGAGACAGCGCAGAUCGCAUCAUGGGGAAAGGACAGAUCCCGCUCGACCCUCAGACCCUUCAGGGCAAAGACUGGCAGCGGACGGUGAUUCCCAUGAACGGGGUUGAGGUGAAGCUCUCCAUGAAGUUCACCAGCCGAGAGUUCAGCCUGAAGAGGAUGCCGUCGAGGAAACCCAUGGGUGUGUUCGGAGUGAAGAUCUCCACAGUGACCAAGCGAGAGCGGUCCAAGGUGCCCUACAUCGUCAGGCAGUGCCUGGAGGAGAUCGAGAGGAGGGGCAUGGAGGAGGUGGGCAUCUACCGGGUGUCAGGAGUGGCCACGGACAUCCAGGCCCUGAAGACGGCGUUCGACACCAAUAAUAAAGACGUGUCUGUGAUGAUGAGCGAGAUGGACGUCAACGCCAUCGCCGGGACCUUGAAGCUGUACUUCAGGGAGCUGCCCGAGCCUCUUUUCACGGAUGAGCUCUACCCCAACUUUGCCGGCGGCAUCACUCUGUCUGACAGUGUUGCCAAAGAGAGCUGCAUGUUGAACUUGCUGCUGUCACUGCCAGAACCAAACCUGGUCACGUUCCUUUUCCUUUUGGAUCACCUGAAGAGGGUGGCGGAGAAGGAAAGUGUGAACAAGAUGUCUCUCCACAACCUGGCCACGGUGUUCGGACCCACCCUGCUGAGACCCGCCGAGAAAGACAGCAAGAUCCCCGCUAACCCCACGCAGCCCAUCAGCAUGGGCGACAGCUGGUCGCUAGAAGUAAUGGCACAGGUCCAAGUGUUGCUCUACUUCCUGCAGCUGGAGACCAUCCCGACCCCAGACAGUAAGCGACAGAGCAUCCUCUUCUCCACUGAAGUAUAGAGCACCAGGCUCUGUCUGCACGAGAGGAACGAGAGACUCCAGAGAGAGACUCCUUGACUCAGAGCGAGUCUCCGCUAGCGUGUUUUUGAAUGGACUCCGUCGGGAUCUUGUGGAGACGCCCCCAGUUGAACACACGGAGCCACGAGGACGUGAUGUUUGACGUCACUCACGCCUCGCGUUCAGUGUGGUUCCCAGUGCCGCCAGUGGCCGCAGCCACGCCUCCCCACUGGUUUCAGCCUCCAGUCCUCACAGCGUGCAGACGUUUCUUCUCCUCCGCCGAUGGCGCUGAAACGUGUCUCUGCAGAUCAGCACGAACUGUGAGAUCAAGGAAACAGGCUGACUAUUAGUGAUCCACUGCAAUCCGACUGCCUGAGGUUCACCCACUUCAUCCGUUCCUCCUCCUUGUGUUGUUCGUGUCUCGAGGUAGUCGUCUGCUUAAAUACCCAGGAAGCAAUAUAUUUUCUAACAUAGGAAUCGUUCGUGUUCACACCUUUGAAGAAACAUCCUUCUUACUGUAACAAAGGACAUCCUGACAAAUUAAUAUGUUCGUUUCUACAUAAAGGAAGUUGUAUUUACAGAUACAGUAUGUACAUAAUGUUAAAGUUGUAUUUUCUUUUAUUUUUGUUUAACAAUAUAAUCAUUGUUGCUAUUAUUGUAAUUUAUUUUGGGGGAGUUGAUUUUUUUACGUGUACUUUUCUAGUUUGAAUGGACUUGGUAGGUCUUAGCCUUGACUUCAAGUCUUGCCGUGAAUCAGCAGGAUUUAGCCUUGUUCUUAUAGAAAGGACUCCGCUCCUCAGUCCAGCCUCCCACUCACUGGUUCAGAUCUCAUUAAGAAGGAAACACACGCGACACCCUCAGCAGAGCGACUCACGCCCGGAGACCGUCGCCUGUCUAGUGUAGACGUUAUGCAACCUCACGAUCACGCACACACACACACACACACACACACACACACACACGCACACACGCACAUACACACACACACCGUUUAACACGCAGCUGCAGAAGUGAAGUCAUGCAAUCUUUAAACUACUGUAAUACAAUUCAAGUGGCCUGAGCGUCCACUGCAGAGCACAUGUGGGUUCAGUGAAGGAAUCGUAUGUUGUCUUGUGGUCUUCUGCUCUGUCUGAUUUAUUAUUCCUCUGAUGGCAAAGUCAAGAAAAGCUUGAUACUUAAACGCCACCCUUCUACAUUUGUUCUCAGUGUCUUUAAUUUAACAUGCAGGCAUGUUUGUCUUUAUUUACGUCGUCGUUGCGAUGGUGUUUACAAAAGUGUCGGUUAAAUAAAUCUCUGCAACAAAACGCAGUUAAACAUUAACUUCAUUCAUUCAUCCAUUCAGUCAUUGUCUACCUUUAAGGGCAUGAGACACGGUUGACUCACAGUCAAGCGUUACAUGAGUCUAGGUCUCACCGUCUGCGCUGCUCUGCCCUGUCGUGCCUCCACAUUCGACGCCCGCGUCACCUCUGAGGGUGGAAACGUCGCUCAGUGUCUCGUUGCCUUUUCUGAGCACAACCACACGCGUUUCAUCUGAUAAACACUAAGACAGGACCUUAAACUUCAACUGGUCUUAGCUCAUAGCUGCCCACAAGCUUCAUCUACAGUAACUGUGAUGCUGUCUGUCAAUCUGUGGUAAAAUCAUUCUUAAUUGGGCCAAAGAACAGAACUUCUUGCCCAGAUGCUUGUUUAACGUUUCAGUUCCUUUUAUUGCCUUUUUUAUUUAUUCUUAUGCACAGUUUGGUAUGUUAGGGAUGACUACAUCUAUUUAUUCAUGAUAGAAUGUCACCUAAAUGCUAGAGAGAUGGCCUUUAUACAUUUUGAGGCACUUUGCUUGUCUGAACAUGCUCCAGAAUCUGAACCCUGCAGACGUCUGUGAAGCAGCUCAUCUUGUAUUUUAUUAUUUUUUUUUUUUUGCGUUGUACAACAGACUGGCCACUGUGAGUGUUCAGCUAUCUGAUUUGGAUAACUGAAUAGCAAGUGCAGAUUCUCGACUAUUUAAAAGGCAGAUUGUGUUCAUCAUCUCCUUUUUUCCACUGAUUUGUAUAAUAUGUAAAAUACUAGAGAGUACAUAAUUUGGUUUCUGUAUUAUUUAUUGUGGCGUCCACGGACACAGGAUCAGAAACGACUGGUCACGUCUCUUUGAAAAGCCAACCUGAUUUUGAUAGAGGAGAAGAGAGUUAUAAUACUCUGAACCCUGCUUUGUUUUGGUCUCUUGAUUGUCAGUGUAACUGCAUGUACCUUUCAUACUGUAGCUCAUUUCCUCCAAUACCUCAGUCCCUUAGUUUUGUACCUGAUAAAAGAAAUGACAACAAAAACGCUUUUCUUUUUAGCCUGAAUAGCCAGAAAUACAGAACAUAUUGCUCUAUGGGGAAGUUGUGUUCCACUGACUGUACAUGACCCUGUUGGUUAUCACUACGCUACAUUCCAGUCUGUUCAGAAUGACCCUCUGACGCGAGGCUGCGUUGUGUUUCUAAAGCUGGCCAAGCUUUAGAAAGCUGACACUCUGACACUCUCCGUUUUUACCUUGCUCAAUUUUUCGACUCUUAUUCCUGUUCAAUAUUCAGUGUUCUGCUCGUAGAACUGUAAAAAGGAAUUAUUCUGAGGGCAAACAUGUUUGAAAGGCAUUUGCAGCCUAUGUUUGUACACAAAAAUGUCAAAUAAAUAUCCUGUAUCUACA